CUUUACGUGUUGGCAGUGUGCUUCCUGUAGCCAUCAGCAGCCCGCCCUGGGGAGGGACUAGACUAGCACAGCUUUUGUGAUAAGGCCAUCCCGGGCUGUCCUGAAGGAGGCAACUGAGCAGGACAAGGCAGCCUCAGGCCAGGGGUGACGGGUGCUCCACACCACCUGCAACUUGAGCCCCUUGCAGGCCAGGCACCCCAUCAGAUCCCAGCGUCUGCUCACCUCGCCUCAACAGAAGCAGCCGCAGCCAUGGCGGGAAUGAAGACAGCCUCUGGGGACUAUAUCGACUCAUCCUGGGAGCUGCGGGUGUUUGUGGGCGAGGAGGACCCUGAGGCCCAGUCUGUCACCCUCCGAGUCACAGGAGAGUCGCACAUUGGUGGGGUGCUUCUGAAGAUCGUGGAGGAGAUCAAUCGCAAGCAGGACUGGUCUGACCAUGCCAUUUGGUGGGAGCAGAAGAAACAGUGGCUGCUGCAGACACACUGGACACUGGACAAGUAUGGGAUCCUGGCAGAUGCCCGCCUUUUCUUUGGGCCACAGCACCGACCCGUCAUCCUGCGACUACCCAACCGUCGUGUGCUGCGUCUGCGUGCCAGCUUCUCCAAGCCCCUCUUCCAGGCUGUAGCUGCCAUCUGCCGCCUCCUCAGUAUCAGGCACCCCGAGGAGCUGUCCCUGCUUCGCGCUCCAGAAAAGAAGGAGAAGAAGAAGAAGGAGAAGGAGCCUGAGGAGGAGGUGCAUGACCUGACCAAGGUUGUCCUAGCUGGGGGUGUGGCACCCACCUUAUUCCGAGGCAUGCCAGCACACUUCUCGGACAGUGCCCAGACUGAGGCUUGUUACCACAUGCUGAGCCGGCCACAGCCACCACCUGACCCUCUCCUCCUCCAGCGCCUGCCGAGGCCCAGCUCCCUGUCUGACAAGACCCAGCUCCACAGCAGGUGGCUGGAUUCCUCACGGUGCCUCAUGCAGCAAGGUGUCAAGGCCGGGGACGUGCUUUGGCUGCGAUUUAAGUACUAUAGCUUCUUUGACCUGGAUCCCAAGACAGACCCAGUCCGGCUGACCCAGCUGUAUGAACAAGCCCGUUGGGACUUGCUGACAGAGGAGAUUGACUGCACUGAAGAGGAGAUGAUGGUGUUCGCUGCCCUGCAGUACCACAUCAACAAAUUGUCCCUGAGUGGGGAUGUGGGGGAGCCGGCCUCUGGGGACCUGGGGUUGGAUGACCUGGAUGCAGCCCUGAACAACCUGGAGGUGAAGCUGAAGGGGUCGGCACCCUCAGACAUGCUGGAUAGCCUCACCACCAUCCCGGAACUCAAGGACCACCUCCGAAUCUUCAGGUUAAGUGUGGGGGGAGAGAGGGGAUUAAAGGGAAGGCAAGGGGGCCGUGGCUCACAAUUUCCUACUCCCUGCAGGCCCCGGAAGCUGACCCUGAAGGGCUACCGCCAGCACUGGGUGGUUUUCAAGGACACCACCCUCUCCUACUACAAGAGCCAGGACGAAUCACCCGGGGACCCUAUCCAGCAGCUGAAUCUCAAGGGCUGUGAGGUGGUCCCUGAUGUCAAUGUCUCUGGCCAGAAGUUCUGUAUCAAACUCCUGGUGCCCUCACCGGAGGGCAUGAGUGAGAUCUACCUGCGCUGCCAGGAUGAACAGCAGUAUGCGCAGUGGAUGGCUGCCUGCAGAUUGGCCUCCAAGGGCCGUACUAUGGCGGACAGCAGCUAUGCCAGUGAGGUGCAAGCCAUUCUGGCCUUCCUUAGCCUGCAGCGGGCCGGUGGUGGCAGCGGAGGCUCAGGAACCCCCCAGGGCCCUGAAGCCUCUGCCGAGGGCCUUAACCCCUAUGGCCUGGUGGCUCCCCGUUUCCAGCGAAAGUUCAAGGCCAAGCAGCUCACCCCACGGAUCCUGGAAGCUCACCAAAAUGUGGCCCAACUCUCGCUGAUCGAGGCCCAGCUGCGCUUCAUCCAGGCCUGGCAAUCCCUGCCCGACUUCGGCAUCUCCUAUGUGAUGGUCAGGUUCAAGGGCAGCAGGAAAGAUGAGAUCUUGGGCAUUGCCAACAACCGACUGAUCCGCAUUGACCUGGCCGUGGGCGAUGUGGUCAAGACUUGGCGCUUCAGCAACAUGCGUCAGUGGAAUGUCAACUGGGACAUUCGGCAGGUGGCCAUUGAAUUUGAUGAGCACAUCAAUGUGGCCUUCAGCUGUGUGUCCGCCAGCUGCCGUAUCGUGCACGAGUACAUCGGGGGCUACAUUUUCCUGUCUACUCGAGAGCGGGCUCGCGGGGAGGAGCUGGACGAGGACCUAUUCCUGCAGCUUACGGGUGGCCAUGAGGCCUUCUGAGGGCAGCCAGGCUGCCCCUGCUCCACUUAGCGCCUCCAGGGAUCCUCACAAGCCCGCAUGCUCCUGAACUCACUGCUCCACCACGCCACACACGCACCUGCUGUUGCCGGCAGGCCAAGGCCCUUGGAUGGGGUAGAUGCUGCCACCACCCAGCCUAGGGAUGGUAGGCUCUGAGCCACACAGUGCCCCUCCUCUUGCCCUGUUGGCAGAAGCUCACACCCAUACCUAUAUGUAGUCCCGAAGCACGUGAGGAGGUCCAGAUAUGGAUAAGGAACAAGGAAUCAUUCUUUCAAACUGGAUUUUCUUUCUGUGACUGUUUUCAGAGUCAUUUUGUUUUUGUUUUUUAAUAAAUAAAUAUUUUAUUGUUGGAUCUUU